GGACGCCAUCAUCACCAGCUUCUUCAUCAACCGAUUCCCGGCGGAGUGCUUGUUACCGGAAAGCUUCGUUCGCGUAGCGGUGGCUUAACCGAACCGAACGGGAACUGGUUUCUUUCUCUGUCGGCUCCUGCGUUUUUGUUUGUGCGCGAAGAAACGGUCGUUUUACCGGUUGAUGGAAAGGAACGAAACAGUGUGCCAAAUUGGCGUUCGAAGAUGAAAAUUUCGCACACACACACAAGGGAUGGUUUGGCGCCAAUUGCUGGCAAGUAGUGUGGUGAAGUGUGACUGGUGGUGCGUUGUGACUUGUGGUCUCUGUGAUCUGUGAUCCUCUCAGCAGGAGGACAACUGUACGUUGAAUGGGUGAGUCCGGCGAUAAAGCGGACCCAUCGUCGGAAGGCAAGCAGCACCAGCAGAAAGAACUUACAGGAGGCAAGAUGCGUGUCGGCGAGGAUGAUCUGCCGAGCCUCGAGUACAUCGAGGACCCGUACAUUCCGAAGCUCGAUCCGAACUGCUUUACGCCCUCGCUCGACGAGGUGUACGACAUCGACGAAGACGACGGUCUGAUCGGUCACGAGGAGCAGCACUGGUCGGACGAAACGGAACGCUAUCUACGCUCGCUAACGCUCGAUCAAAUACUCGGUGUGCCGUCCGACGACGAGGAUAUCGAUCCAACGUCGGAAGUGGAGCUGCAAACUGUUGAGACGGAGUUUAAUCCACCCCUAUCCUCCGACGAGGGAGACACUGGCGAACUGGCAUCCAACCGUACCAGCCGAUCGCCCGGCAAAGAUCCCGGCGAGCGGCUCGGUGUGGGAAUUUGUUUCGAACCUGCCGGCAAUGCUGAUACUGCCACCAGCCGCCCAUCGCCGGGCGGCGGUGGAGGUGUGGUACGAAACAUUCUGGCCAGCCGGUUGCUGCUCGGCAGUGCCACCAAUCGACGCAUCCGGGCGCUGUUCAAUCGGCGCAAAAUUCGGGACGUGCGAGUCACGUUCAUCGAUUUCUCGAAGCCAUACCUGGCCCGUAUCUCGAGUGGUGAUAACUACAAAAGCUUCCUCAACAUUGGGAGUGCGACAGACAAUUCUGGAAAAUUAUCUGAUGCAUCUCCGGUGGGAUCGAUCAGCUCGGCCGAAAUAGCGAAUGAAUUUUCCGGCCUAUCCGCUGAGGAGCAAACAGCGCAGCGCGAAGAAUGGAGUCAGGAACUGGCACGUGUCGAAGAGGAGAUAACCACGCUGCGGACGGUGCUACAGUCAAAGAUGCGGCAUGCCAGCGAGCUGAAGCGUAAGCUGGGCAUUACCGUGUGGAAGGAAAUCACGGACGACGUUAGCCAAGGAUUUAAGAACGUUAAAGAAAGCAACGUUUAUCAAAGCGUCGAAACGAAGGUCGGGGAAAUAACGAACGUGGUCACAAGUGCACCGAUGAUAUCGAGAGGCUAUCAAAAGACGGAAAGUGCGAUCAAAACGACGGCCGGUAAGACGACAUCUGUGAUCGGAGGCAUUGCGGGUAAAAUGACACAAAAGCUGACGGAAAUGAAGCAGUCCGAUUCGUUCCGGUCGUUCGAAGAGCGGGUCGGAACGGCGUACGAGAAUGUUCGGUCGAAGGUUUCAUCGCGCUCCAGCUCGGUGCAGAGCUUGUCUGAUAUUCAGAAUGACGAACGUCGCAGUUCCGUGACCACGCCAACCGCCAUCCCAGAGGAGAAACCGAUCCCCUAAGCUCGUGACCGGCUCAGCGGGAGCUAUGGACGUGUGGGGGUGUGUUGUGUGUUGUUGUGCUUCUUGCAAACUAUCUACGGUUAGACAGGAUCGCCGUUGAAGAACAGUCGAGUUUGUAUCUGGGAACGGAGCGUAUUGUCCGUCUUUUUCGUAUGGCUUCAUUGCGAUUAAACCUCUUCAAUUUGUGCUAACCCUUUAGUUUGCGUCUGUGUCUGUGUGUGUGUGGGAUGAUGCUCAACAUGCUAUCAAACCUUUAUUUAACGAACAUAAUGAAUCUAAACUACUGUCGGAAUGCUGCGCGAAGAUUAAGACAGAAGUGUCGGAUACAGGAUGCAAGAAGCCUAUCAUACAAUUUUACUCUUAAGUUACAUUUGAGUCCAGCCCCGUUUAAGCUAACAAGCGGUAAGCACACAGCUGCAUCGCAUAGGAACGAUAAUCAGGAACGGUCCUUUCAUGUGGAGGAAGCAGACAACGGACAGCGUCGCGUUAACAUACAACUAAUAAAACAUAGCAAAAAUCGCACUCUCCGUAAAGCAAAACUAGCAAAGUAAGUAAGUGUUAUUUUGGCGGCUUCUAGUUACACUGAAUGUGGGGUGUGCUUUCGAUCGUGUCGGGCGGCAAACAGAAAAGGGAUCAUUGGCGCGCUUUACUUCUCGCCACCACCUUCCGUCAACCUCAUAUUCCGGUCCGAUAGACAGGUGCUAUUUCCUACCUAGAAAGAAUUAAUAUUCCUAGCCAGAAGACAGAGGUAGAGUGGCGCGUUCGCGCUAAAGUUUUGCUUUUCCUUUCGCUAUACGCAAAGAAAUGAUAUUCCUAUCGGACGGUGACGCUUAGCUAGGCAUUGUACAACAACUUCUUGUGACGAGAGACAGUACUAUGAUCGCGAACCGGGGGACACACACACACACAUAUACACGAACUCUAAUGGUGCCUAAAUUCAUAGUCAUACCCACAUCCGAGUUAAGUUUUUUGCCGAGUUAAGUACCGCGAACGUGACAGGGAACAGGAGAGAUAAGCACAUUCAUAUAUUCUUGUACGUUGUAGCCACUCACACACACACACUUUUUACAAAACCGUGACCACGGCGUAAAUGAUUAGGAUGCAAAUUUAAUAUAUGUACGUUUGUAUGUCCCUUCCGCGGCUAGAAUAGCAUCAUACAUCAGCAAGAAAGGAUGGACGUGGACGAAAAGAUAAUUAUUUAUAAUGGUCCCUCCUCGUUCGUACUUAUGGAAUUUCAUGAAAAUUAUUGCGUAUAUACAAGUGGUCUAAAUAAAGAAAGAGAGUACACUACUACUAUA